GAGCGCACAACGACAGUUGUUCCGCCACGGUCGCGACCUCGACAGCCUCAUUCGACAGCCUUCCUCCGACGUGCAUGUCGUCUGCGUGCGGCGGAUCAUCCUCAACAGCGUGCAUUUUGCGCGACAUCCAUGCCGAAGUCGUGGACGUUCACGUCGCUUCGUCUACAUCGCCCGUCUACGUCGUGUUGGUCCUGCCGAAAGUUGGUCCAUUUGUCCAAGCUCUAGGCACGUUGCCGUCGCACACCGUCGCCCGAACGUACUCGGAAUGGCGCCAGCUUUACAAGACGCUGCUGAAUGUAUCCAACAGCACUCGUCGAACGGCGUGCACGUGUGUGCUCGGUUCAUGCCCGUUCUGGACCAUGCAUCUUAUCGUGCAGUCGAUUCCGUUUCCUCGAAAAGAGCUCUUUCGAUGGCGACGUUCCCCCGACCUCCUGCAAGCCCGAAAACGCGCCCUCGCCCAUUUUGUCACGACCGUGGUGGCCAAACUUCAGAUCUACCGCCCUGAAAUCUUCGACAGUUCCCGCACGUUCUCCGCAUCCAGUGCAAGCAACCAGAGCUGCUGUCGGUUCCUCCGAACGUUGGAAACGUUCUUGGGCCUCGACGACGAUGCAAUUGUUCGCCAGUUUACAAGCGUGAGCCACAAGAGCCGCCUCCAGCUCACGCUCGAAGGGUGGCACUCGCACCGACGGAACUUGUUCUGUUUGAGCGCUUCCGCCUGACCAGCCAAACUUAUUUAUCGUCGCAAUCGUGCAAGCCCUUUGCCUCUUAAAUUGUCUCCAAGCCCCAAGACAGUGUACUUGGCAGAUUGAGUCUCGGGGCAGCCCUCGAUCGGCCACACACAGCCACUGCGACGCACCUGUUCUCGGCGAUGCCUACUCAUUGCCUCGAUCUCGUCAUCUACUUGCACAAAAGCGUAAACCAUGUAUAACCCACACUUCCCUGCAGCCGGGUGAUGGCCCAUCGAACUCUGCCAUUCCUGCUACCUCUGUCGCCAUGCACUACGUUCGUAGAUGACGCUCCAACUUGGCAGAGCGCUCUCAAGGUCGAGAAAGGUUGGUGCACUGAGAACUGGCACAACAUGCACGCCGCGCGAUUCCGAGAUCGCUUGGAGCAUUCAUCACGUUGUGGAGCGAGGCGAGAAUCGUGUUGUACGCCGUGGUUAUAUCUAUGCCCGAUGCGCCAUCUUCGUCUCACAGCAACGCGCGGAGGAAGAUGGUUUCUUGGAUCCGUUUUAGUUCGCGCGUGAUCAGCUUGGCGUGGAACGGUUCGACUUCCAGGAUGAUGUAGCUGUGCUGCGAGUUGGACUGGAGGAACUGCGCGCUCACGUUGAUGCCGUAGUCGCUCAAGACCGAGUGAAUCUUGCUCAGGACGCCAGGAACGUUGUGGUGCAUGUGUAAAAUCCGAAUAUUGCCCGACGACAUCAGGCCCAGGUCGACUUCAGGGAUGUUUGUCGCUGUCGUGCUCGUCCCCUCGUUCAAGAAUCGCACCUACAUCAGCAUGUUGCAAGCGAUCUCUCCCAUGAGACGGCAACGAAAUCGAGCACGG